AUGCCUCCUCCCGGUGUGUGUAUGAGUAUAAUGCAAGAGCGCCACAAAGAAGAUGGUGUUGGGAGCCUUGCCAACGCUGGGAAACACAGGAACCAAGACUUCCUGCAGCUGAAGCAAUACUGUUUGGACAGGAGGGUGAGGUACAUCGAUGACGUGUUCCCACCAGACCACAACUCCAUUGGUGAUGGGCUACUUUCCCCUGACGACAUGCGUAGAGUGGUGUGGUUGAGACCAGCGAAAAUUGCCCAAAAUCCAGAUUUCAUCAUUAGUGGAUUUUCAAGGUUUGACUUUGGGCAAGGAAGUAUUGCAAAUUGCUGGUUUCUUGCUUCCGUUGGGGCUUUGACAUUCCAGGAGCACAUCCUGGAGCAAGUAGUACCCCUAGAGCAGAGUUUUAAAGAUGAUUACUGCGGAAUAUUCCACUUCAGGUUCUGGAGGUUUGGGAGGUGGGUGGACGUUGUGAUCGAUGACAUGCUACCAACAGUUGAUGGCAGGCUCAUUUUCGUCCAUUCAAAAACUCCCAAUGAGUUUUGGCCCGCCUUGAUGGAGAAAGCCUACGCCAAAGUGUGUGGCUCCUACGCAGACAUGAAUGCAGGGACCCCUUCAGAGGCUAUGAUGGACUUCACUGGAGGGGUUCACAUCACGUUCAAGCUCGCUGAAAAUCCACCAAAUCUGUGGGACCUCCUGUUCAGAGCUGCCAAGUUCAAAUCUCUGAUGGGGUGUGGCACACCUCAAGGGGAAACAUCAGCGAAUACGGUGGCACCCAACGGAUUAGUGAGGGGUCAUGCUUACACCGUCACAGGAGUUCUACAGAUCAUGAGCCAAGGCAAGCCAGUGAAUUUGAUCCGCCUCUUCAACCCCUGGGGCUAUGGAGAGUGGAAGGGAGACUGGAGCGAUAAGUCUUCCAUGUGGAAAACAGUGAGUCCUGCCGACCGGAAGAUGUAUCUGUCAGUGGAGGAGGAUGGGGAAUUCUGGAUGACAAUGGAAAACUUUUGUCAGCAUUUCUCAGAUGUGACUAUCUGCUGUCUGUGCCCUGAUUUUCUUGACGGCAACUCUAAAGGUCAUUGGACGCCUUCUUUCCAUGAUGGCAGAUGGGUCGCAGGGACCACUGCUGGUGGUUGCAUUCUGUUCCGAGACAGUUUCUGGACCAAUCCCCAGUAUCGAGUGAAGAUUGAGGGAUUUGACAGGGACUUCUCUGAGACACAGGGGGACAACAACAUGCUUGUGUCUCUGAUGCAGAAGCCAGACAAGAGAAACCGACGCCUGGUCAAAAGUGUCCACAUCGGCAUCAACAUCUUCGAGUUCAAAGGACAGAGGGGGAAGUUUCCUGCCUCCUUCUUCGACAACAACGCACCUGUCGCCCAAACCAAGGACUUCCUGAAUGCUCGGACGGUGAUGCUCUUAUGCAGGCUGAAACCUGGCGAAUACCUGAUCGUGCCAUCAUCCUUCAAACCCAAUGAAACCGCUUCCUUCAUCCUGUCCAUCCUCUCCAAGGCGGAGACACACAUCCAUCAUUUCACAGGAUGUGCAAAGAAAACACAAGGAUUCAGCUUGGAGUCCUGUCGAAGCAUGGUGGCCCUAAUGGAUACAUCAAUCACUGGAAGACUGAACAGUGAUGAAUUUCUACGUCUAUGGAGAAAAGUUACCAUGUACAAGGAUAUCUUCUUCCGUUCAGAUGUGGACCGUUCUGGAAUGUUGUCAUCGAGUCAACUGAGGAACGCAAUCAUGGCUUCAGGGAUCAGGCUGAGUGAUAGCCUGCUGAACCUGAUUGCUCUGCGCUACGGUGGAUCUUCUGGAAACAUCAGCCUGGAGAGUUUCAUCAGCCUCGUCCUGCGCAUGGACCGCAUGGCCAAAAUAUUCAGAGAACUCAAUAAUGGAGGGGCCAUAUCUCUUCGAGACAAUGAGGUAAUGACCAGUUAA